UUUCUUCUCCUUUCCUUUAAUUGUUUUGGGCGGUCAGAGAGGACUUUUUUUUUCUGUGUUUGCCAUUUCGAGGAGUUCAAAAUCUGUGUUAGAACAUGAAGAGUUUUUGUUUUUUUUGGUUUUUGAACGUUCAUGGAGGGCUUAUUUGGAUGCGUUGAUCAUUACUUUGUAUUAUUUGCAACUUGUUAUUUUUUUUAUCAUUUUGUUUUUACUUAUUUUGAAUCUAUCAUGGGCCGGUUGGUGUUUGCUUUAGUUGUUAUGCAAUUGUCUUCCUCUUUGGGUAUUUAACAAACCCCCCCCCCCCCACAAAAAAAAAAGUCCAAGAUAUGGAGAGGGGUCAUUUGAAGCUUUUAAGUUACAUGCUUUCAUUUUUAGUUGAAUUAAAGCAAAAGUUUUGAAAUUGUACUCUAAGAAUAUUUUUAUUUGGACAUCUUGUUAGAGUUCUGACACCGGCAACUUUUCUAGCUACGGCUGUACCUAUGGUGGAUACUGUCUAAAAUUGUUGCGUUAGUUUGAUCAUUGGAACACCUGGAUAUUGAAUUUUGCCCAUUAUGGGUUCUUUUUUUAGUAUGGCAAGUACCAAAUUCGAUAGAAGUGAGGGUGAUGAGGUCUUUCAGAAUGAGAUCUGCAAGAGGAGAAGAAUGUCAUCUAGCUUUGAUGAGGAGAGUCCAAGGUUAAUUCCAAAUCUUCCUGAUGAAUUGUCACUUCAGAUUAUCGCCAGAGUUCCUAGGAUUUGCCACUUCAACAUGAGGUUGGUGUCGAGGAAGUGGAAGGACACUAUCGUGAGUUCUGAACUAUAUAAAUUAAGAAAAGAACUUGGAACAACGGAAGAGUGGCUAUAUCUGUUGAUUAAUGUUGGAGAAAAUAAGCUUAUAUGGCAUGCCUUAGACCCUCGUUCCCAAAAAUGGCAGAGACUGCCUGCUAUGCCUAAUUCUGUUAAUGAAGAAGACUCUAGAAAGGGUUCUUCUAGGCCUCGGAUGUGGAACAUGGUGGAAGGUAUUAGAAUUGCUGAAGUUAUUAGAGGUUUGCUGGGACUGAAGGGUGCAUUAGAUGAAAUGCCUUUUUGCGGUUGUGCCAUUGGAGCUGUUGAGGGAUGUCUCUAUGUUCUAGGCGGAUUCUCUAAAUCUUCAACUAUGAGAUGUGUUUGGCGAUAUGAUCCGAUACAAAACACAUGGGCCAAGGUGACCUCCAUGUCUACAGGUAGGGCAUAUUGUAAGACAGGCAUCUUAAACAACAAGCUUUAUGUGGUUGGAGGGGUUAGUCAAGGUCAAGCUGGGUUGAUUCCUCUUCAGUCUGCUGAAGUUUUUGAUCCCUCUACAGAUGCAUGGUAAAUUGUUGUUGAGGAACUUGCUUU